AUGCAUAUAUUACGGUAUAUGUUAACGUAUAUGAGCGUGUGCGGUUGCUGGCGACCGCUUUCCUGGACGUCCGGACCCAAAAAGUUUCUCUACACCGCGUACAUGGUCUUUUUGUUCCUGGUGAUACACAGCUUCUUGUUAUCUCUAAUCUUGGAUUUAGUUUUAACCGUUGACAAUCCAGAAGAUUUCAGCGAUAAUUUCUAUCUGACAGCGGAGGUAUUUGUCUCAAGCUGGAAAAUGCGCAGCUUGAUAAGGUACCGUGGGAAAUUUGCGAUUAUAAUGAACAACCUCGAGGAGGAAUCCAUGUUGCCGAGGAACGCGGACGAGGCCGAGAUUAGGAAGAAAUUCGACAACGUCGCGCAAUUACCCUGUACACAAGAAGAAUACUCUACAAAGUGUAUUUUCAGAAAGAACCUGAUAGCCUACAUACUUUCACUAACGUUCUGUGCAACGUGCAUGGUUGCGACCUCGAUCGGUUCCGACUUCAAAACGAGACAGCUAACGUACCGUUCGUGGAUACCCUACGAUUACUCUUCAUUACUUUUGUUCACUGUCACGUACAUUUAUCAAGCUACAAGUUUAAGCGUCUGCUCGUUUUAUAACAUUGGCGCCGAUUCUCUGUUCAGCAGUCUCUUGAUUCACAUAUACUGUCAAUUCGAGAUUCUUGGACAUCGUCUGAAAUCCAUCACAAAAGAGGGGAAAGUUUCGGCGAAGCUCUGUGCUAAUCAUCAUAAUCAGAUAUACCAACUCGCCACGAAGGUGAACGAGGAGUACAAAAUGAUAAUAUUAAUUCAAUUCCUGACGAGCACGUCGAUUUUGUGCAUCGAACUUUAUCAACUGACCCAAAGAGAAGUGGAUUCGAAGUAUAUAGUGUCGGUAGUCUACACGAGCUGCGCGCUUAUGCAGUUAUUGUACUACUGUUGGUAUGGGAACGAAGUCCAACUGAAGAGUCUCGAAGUUUCUGAUAUGGUAAUGGAAUGCAACUUGGAGUCUUUGGAUAACAACUCUAAGAAGAUUCUUCUAAUGAUUAUGAAGCGUGCCAUGGACCCUGUCGAAUUCACGAGCCUUUAUAUUGUGAAUGUGAAUCUCGCGUCCUUUAUGGCUUUGCUCAAGUUAUCUUACUCGGCGUUUAAUUUGCUAAAACAGGACAAAGAAUACCUCGUGGUAACUCAAAUUUUAGACAUAAUGUUUAACGUCAACAGCCAGCAAGAUUUCAGCGAUAAUUUCUACAUGACGGCGGGGGUCUUCAUAACGUGUUUCAAAUUGUGUAAUUUGCUGACGAGUCGCGAGAAUUAUGCGAUUUUGAUCGGGUCCCUGCAAAAGGAACCUUUCACGCCAAAGAACGACGAUGAAAUUGAAAUUCAGACGAGGUUCGACAAAUGGGCACAAUGGAAUGCUAUUGUCUACACGACAAUGAUUGAUUCGUGCCUAGUAUGCCUGCUCACGGGGUCGAUCUUCACGGGUUACAGAAAUCGGAAACUAAUGUACCGAGUCUGGCUGCCCUACAACUAUUCCUCUUCCAUUUUAUUUACUAUUACUUACGCUCAUCAAGCUGCUGGUAUGUCCAUAUGCGCGCUUGUCAACUCUGCCUACGACACUCUAUUCAGUGGCCUAUUGAUUCAUACGUACUGCAUCUUCGAGAUACUUGGAUACCGUCUGAAAAAUAUUAUAAAAUAUGGAGACAAUUCGGCGAAGCAGUGCGCUCGUCUUCACAAUUAUAUAUACAAAUUUGCCACGAUGGCGAACAAGGAAUUUAAAACAGUGGUACUUGCUCAGUUUAUGAUGAGCAUGUUUUUGCUUUGCUUCGACCUUUAUCAGUUAACGCAAAACGAGAUGCAAUCGGAUUUUGUGUCGCUCGUGUUGUACACGUUCUGCACGAUUAUGCAAAUAUUGUACUACUGUUGGUAUGGGAACGAAGUCAAAGUAAAGAGUCUCGAAAUUCCUGAGAUGAUAAUCGAAAGCAACUGGACGUCUUUGAGCAACGAUGAUAAGAAGAUUCUCUUAAUGAUUAUGAGACGAGCGAGGGUGCCUAUCCAAUUUUCCAGCGUAAAACUCGUCACUGUGGAUCUAAAUUCUUUUAAAACCAUAGUGAAAACGUCUUACUCUGCGUUGAAUGUGCUGCGAAACGGUAAAGCGGACUAGAAGACGCGUCUCGUAUUUUUUUAACAUUUAUCUAUCCCUCCGAGUGUAUGUACCUUUUGAACAAUUCAAAACAUACGAGAAAUGUGUACGAAUGGUAAUACAUUUUAUAAACAGUUGUUAACCCUUCGACAUUGAAGAAAAAUAACCUGCCUCUAUAACGUCUCUCAACGACUACUUUCCCUUUCGCAAUAAAAAAUUACCUUUUAAAAAUUGAUUAUCCAUUUAAUAUUCACAAUUCCUG